ACUGGAUUGAUUCUCAUCAAUCAUUGAUCAAGAGGUUACUGCUACUCCAUUUAUAUGAAAGAUCAGAGCAGGGCAGCUCCAAGCUUUAGUUGCAUCUACACAAAAAUAGUUAAUUAGAUCCACUAUUGCAAAGAGCCACUUCUACUCAUGAUCUAUAGAUAGAUGAAGAAAAUUCUGAGGCUAGAAGAGAAUAAUAACUGAGCUUGAUGCAAGAUAACUUUCACGGUUGAGUAGGGCCUGACGACGGCUUGCCAUUAGCUGGACUUGAAAGCAAAACGCUUAUUGUUGCUUUCCUUUUGCAUUUAGCAGUCACCAUCAUUCCCCUUAAUCCUCCACCUAUAUAUACACUUCACUCCAUUACUCUCUUUAAACCAUACUCUUAAUCUUUUCCCUUUUUUUUUAAUACGUAGAGAAAACCAUGGGCUUGCCAAAUGCUACUUUCUUCUUGUUUUUCUUUUCUUUUCUUGCAUUUUCUCUCCCUCUCUCUGCCAGACCUGCAACUUUUCUUCAGGAUUUUAAAGUCACUUGGUCUGAGUCCCAUAUCAAGCAAAUUGAUGGAGGGAGAGCUAUCCAACUCAUUCUAGACCAAAACUCAGGAUGUGGGUUUACUUCCAAAAUGAGAUACUUGUUUGGCCGUGUUAGCAUGAGGAUCAAACUCAUCCCUGGAGACUCUGCAGGAACUGUCACUGCCUUCUAUAUGAAUUCAGACACCGACAAUGUACGAGACGAACUGGACUUUGAGUUCCUGGGAAACAGGACAGGGCAGCCAUACACAGUACAAACAAACAUCUAUGCUCAUGGGAAAGGUGACAGAGAACAAAGAGUAAAUUUGUGGUUUGACCCUUCUGCCGACUUCCACUUGUACAGUAUCCUCUGGAACCAUCAGCAUAUUGUGUUUUAUGUAGAUGACGUGCCAAUAAGGGUCUACAAGAAUAAUGAAGCCAAAGGAAUCCCAUAUCCCAAGUUCCAGCCGAUGGGCGUGUACUCAACAUUAUGGGAAGCAGAUAAUUGGGCAACAAGAGGUGGCCUGGAAAAAAUUAAUUGGAGCAAAGCACCUUUCUUUGCUUACUACAAGGACUUUGACAUCGAAGGAUGUCCAGUACCAGGACCAGCAAAUUGUGCCUCAAACCCCAGGAACUGGUGGGAAAGUGCCACUUACCAAUCCCUCAAUGCAUUAGAAGCUAGAAAAUACAGGUGGGUUCGUAUGAACCACAUGAUCUAUGAUUACUGUACCGACAAGUCUCGAUACCCAGUUGCCCCGGCGGAGUGCAGGGCCGGAAUCUAAAGAAGUUGCAAGCAAACAAGCACAACCCAUGAAGCAAUUUCGUACAUAAAAAUUGAUAUGUCAUAUACUUGAAUCUCCCAUGUAUAUCUUUACGUAGAUUAUUAGCCAUGCAAAUUAUUGGGGAGGCGAAUAAGUCUUUUGGGUUCUUAUGUUUGUGGGGCCAACAGCUGCAAGGGUUUCAAAGUGGACAAAGAUAUAUAUAGUUGUAACUUACGUGUAUCCAUCUGGUGCACAAUAUUCUAUACCAAUAAAAGCUUAUUCAUGAUUAUUGAAA